CUCUGGCGACCACACGAGGCCCUUUGAAAGGUCGUCGUCGACGUCGCGUGGAUAUUAAGAAACUGGACUUCUCUUAAGCCGCAGCCCUUACAUGGUAGUUACGCCUAAGGGAGAGCCAGCCAAGCAUGCGCGCCCACUCUACAUUAUCACCAGCGAACAAAAAUGGAAGGCCACGUUGCAAGAGAACGAUCGUACCAAAGCCGUUUAUUUGCAAAGUAUGUCUCUCGUGUUUCUCUAAGAAAUAUUACCUACAGGUCCACAACAUGAUCCACACUGGCGAGAGGCCCCACACAUGUGACAUUUGCGGCAAGGGCUUCAGGAUGCGAUGGCGUGUUGCCCUGCACCGAAGGACUCACACCGGCGAGAAGCCUUACGCUUGCCCAGUUUGCGGUUUUCGUGCCAACAGGAAGGACAACAUGUAUGGGCACAUGAGGAGGCGGCACGGCGGCGUUUUCCACAUCCAAGACGCCAGUGGAAAGAACAGAAAGACAGCAACAGGGCCAAAGAAGCGCCGCACUUGGAAGCGAAAGGCCAGGCGAAUCGAAUUCGAAGACUCGAAGCCCUUAGUUUCUGAACGAGAUCCAUUGAGUUCGCAGAACGACGUACCACUUCAAAGCUCUCAGUUUGUAUUCCAGCAUUCCCCAUACGUCUUACAGCAGCCUCAUCAAGUCAUUCCAGACAGCCCUCCCCUGCCGCGUAGGCCUAGCGUGCAGCAAGAUCCCUUAAUAAUACAACCACCGCCUGACCAGGAGCCUCGUUUCAUCAGGCAAUCUCUUCUAGUAUCUCAGCCGAUGUACCUUGUAGAGCACCAUGCUUCCAGGGUAAUUUUCGAUGACCCAGAAGUAAAGGAGGAUAGUCGGAGAAUAUGCAAUGCCGAAGACCAAGUGUGUGAAGUGCACACGCUCACGGCUCCAUGCCAACUCUAUAUCAAAGAGGAACCACAAGAGACGGCAGUCCAAUACGCUCGUCCUCAAAGGGAGGCAGCAAGGCUGGGCCACAUUCGUCGAAUAUCCAUGAUGCUCGAUGAAGAGGACAUCAAGAAGGAAAUAGGCGACGAGGACGUGGUGCCACCGGCAAGGCGUGGGCCGAACAAGGGGAGGCGCGGCACCCACUGCAAGCAGUUCUCACCAAUCCUGAAGAGCGAAGGAGACCUCUUUGAGCCGCCUGUAGUUUGGGUGACCGAGGAGGACCUCCUCUUUACCGACGAUGACACGUUGAAGCUGGAAGAGGAUAUGGAUCUCCUAGAAUAAGAGAAACAAGUGGAACCUCUAUAAUAAAAAAAAAGGUUCAUGUAAGAUGCCAAAGUCUUUGAAGUAUCCAAGUAUUUUAGAAAUGAAAUGAAUUAUUGUAAUACAAUUCAGGUAAUUCAGAAAUGGACAACUACUGUAAUACAAAUAUGGAACAAAUUGGAUGAGGAAACAAUAAACUUUAUCAUUUUAUUUUAUGAGUAAUCGUCAUUAAUUUAUUAAAUGUAUGAUAGUU